GUAGUGAUCUGAACAAAAUGUAUACAACAUUCUGAAUUGGGCAAAUUCUUACCCUAACCCUCUUUACAAAUUUUGCACUUCACGAUACUCUCUCUCUGUUCAUCCAUUGCAGCUUUUUCAUCUUAAAAAGUUCGCUUUAUCUCUCACAAUCUCGAAUCUUCAGCAUCAAAUUACCUUUCCUUAGUUUGAGGAACAGAUAAGAAGAGUGAGAAACGGGCUGCAGGCAAUUCAAUCCUUUGUCAACGAGACCAGAAACUUGGAUCUUCCAAAAAUUUGAAGAUGGCCAGGCUGAUAACUGGCUCUCAAUCCUCACUGUUGCUUCCCCAACUUCAGCCACAUGCUACCUUUCCUGGAAGCAGGCUUCGAUCUGUAAAGUAUGGGGGAGUCUCUGUUUCUUGUUAUCUGUCCUUGGCAACCAAAUCAAGGACCUGCCAACUUCCUUUAACAUCUGUAGCUGUAUCUCAGCAAAAUUCCCGCUUACACAAGGGCAUUAGUGCCGCACCUGUUUCAAGUGCUUCGAGUCUCGACAUUGAGUCACCAAGACUGGUUGUUGACGAACCUUAUACUACUAGUGGAGGUGGUGAUAGUGGUGGAGAUGCAAAUGUUGGAGGCGGGGGUGGAGGCGGGGGUGGGGGUGGGGGUGGAGAUGGAGGUGAUAAUGAUGGUGGAAACAAAGGUGAUGAAGGAUCAGAUGAUGCUAAUGCCAAGAAGAAUAAGGCUCUCUUGAUGUCCCAGAAAUUUACCCUGGGCUAUGCUGCCCUUGUCGGACUGGGAGGUCUUAUGGGCUACUUGAAAAGUGGAAGCCAGAAGUCUCUAGCAUCUGGCGGACUGUCUGCUCUGCUGUUAUACUACGUCUACACUGAGCUUCCUAAACGACCUGUCUUUGCUUCUUCGGUGGGUCUUGGCCUGUCUGCUGCACUCCUUGUUGUGAUGGGAUCACGAUUCAAGAAGUCAGGAAAGGUAUUCCCUGCAGGUGUUGUCUCACUCGUGUCUCUGAUAAUGACUGGUGGGUAUGUUCAUGGAGUUAUGAAAACUUCACAUUGAGGUGAAGUUUCAGUUCUGUUAGCUGAAAUCAAACAGUUUUGUUACUCCUAGUUGGACUGUCUUUUGGGUAAUGAACUCGAAAAUCCUGGGUGAACUGUAGAAACUGUUUAGUCUACCAAAACUAGUGUGUAACCGUGGGAUUGCAUUUUAGCGUUUGUAUCGGGAUUUUUGUGUAGUACUGUAAAUUACUUUGUUGGAAUAACCCGCCAUCAUACGGAAUUUGGCCAAGGACUAUGGAGUUCAGUUGUUUUCUUA